AGUAUGGAAGCAAGGCGAAAUGUUAUACAAUUGCAAUAAUACGUAAGACAAUGUGUUUGGCAUAUGCGGUAAAAGUGUUGUAACUUUUUUACAAACUUGGAGGUAUAUUCAACGAUUUAUUCUGCUUAAUAACAAUUCUCAACUAAAUCCUUCAGUAAACCUUAUGACAGACCUUAUUGAUCAAGAAAAAUAUUUUUACUUAAUCAUGCUGCACGCAUUAGCAGCUACUUACAUAGGAACUAUUGCAAUGAUGGCGACAGGAACAACGCUUCUUGCAUAUCUUCAACAUAUCUGCGGAAUGUUUAGUAUCGCCAGUUACCGUAUCGAACAGGCAAUCAAUAUUUUACAAAAAGAUGAACUAAAGAAUGAGAGCAAAAUUUAUAAGAAGAUAAUUUAUGCCGUAGAUAUUCACCGCAAAGCUAUGGAGUUCACCGACUUCUUAAUAUCAAACUUUGAGGGAUCAUUUUUCUUCUUAAUAGUAAUUGGCAUAACUUGUCUUAGUCUUAAUCUUCUUCAGGCUGCGUCGUAUCGUGAUAAUGUUGAGCUUAUACUACAUCUUUUAAUUAUAAUCAUCCUUUACCUACACUUGUUCGUAUCCACCUAUGCUGCACAAGAAAUUACGGAUCAUAAUGAAUACGUAUUUGCCACAGUAUACAACGUUCAGUGGUACGUAGCUCCGUUACAUAUACAGAAAAUGAUGUUGUUUUUAUUGCAAAAGGGUACUAAGGCCUUUCAUAUGAUUCUUGGUGGAAUAUUUGUAGCGUCUUUGGAAAGUGCCGCUGCGCUGAUAAGUACUUCAAUAUCCUGUUUCACUGUUCUCUAUUCUACGAAGAUUUGA